AUGGUUCUUGUUGAUGCUAAGUACAAUUUUAUUGCAGUUGAUGUUGGUGCAUACGGCAAAAGUAGCGAUGGUGGAAUUUUUACACAUUCUAAUUUAGGUAAAGCUAUUGAGCAAGAUAAACUACGAAUACCACGAAGUGUAAAGUUACCUGGCACAUCUAUUGAAGUUCCAUACGUCAUUGUUGGAGACGAAGCAUUCCCCUUAAAAACAUAUUUCAGUUCUUAUCAAGUAAAACCUAUAGUAUUGUGUGCUUGUGGAGCAUGGGCAUCAACAAAGUCGGACGAGAAAAGAUUACUACUAUUUGAAUGGAAAAUACUGCGGAGAAUUUAUGGACCCAAAAGAAACGAGGAAAAUUUAUAUGAACGAAGAACUAAUGCAGAACUAAGGGCAAUGUUCAACGAGCCAAACAUAGUGGGAAUACUUAAAAGCAGACGAAUAAGCUGGGCCGGGCAUAAACGACCAAUAGGGAGGCCAAGACAGCGAUGGACAGACCGAGUUAAAGAAGACCUCAAGCUCCUGGGGAUUAGAGAGGGAGAACAACUGGCGAAGAACAGAGAAUUGUGGAGAGGUGUAGUAGAAGCGGCGAUGGACCUUCAAGGCCCGGAAUAA